UUUAAACAUUGUGAUAGGGGUUUGAUUUGCAGCAAAAAAAAACCCCAAUGGCUAAACUUGUCGUUGCCUUCUUCUUGGCUCUCAUUCUCAUCUUUAUGCUUCAAACAAUGGUAAUGGCAUCACAUGGCCAUGGUGGUCACCACUAUGAGCAGAAACAUUAUGGCCCUGGAAGCCUCAAGAGCAACCAAUGUCCAUCACAGUGCACAAGGAGGUGCAGUAAGACCCAGUACCAUAAGCCAUGCAUGUUCUUCUGUCAGAAAUGCUGCAAGAAAUGCCUGUGUGUGCCCCCGGGAUAUUAUGGGAACAAAGCUGUUUGCCCUUGCUACAACAACUGGAAGACCAAGGAAGGAGGACCCAAAUGCCCUUGAGCCUUGAAAUUUUUCCUUACUGCCUUACUAUAUUUAUGUUUGUGGUGUUGGAUAGU